CCUCACUGCUCGCCCUACAUUGAUAUCACUCCCAUCGAUGUAUGUGGUUAUAUGAUUAUGUUUCUUGACACAUGCUGCGUGUGUAACGCAUAGCUAUGUACAAUCUGGAAAAAGGAAAAGCAAGCGAUAGUAUGUCGUCCGGUCGAGCCCUGAUUGUGUCCACAUUGGUCAUCAUUGUGGCUAUAGCCUGCUUGGGAAUAGGACUUGGGAUCGGGGUCUACAACAUGAUCCAGGACAUUAAUAGGGAAUGUGCACCUACAGCGUCCCCGGCACGGGCCACUCCCCAACCGACACGUGUGCCAACUCAAGCCCCGCCCACCACAACCACGGACACGCCCACCUUGUCGAUAGACGGCACGUACAGAUAUGGCGCGGUCGCGGCCGAUGCAGCACAAUGUUCCACUAUCGGCACUGAUAUCAUGGCAAGUGGUGGGACUGCAGUAGAUACGGCUAUAGCUGCCAUGUUGUGCGCAUGCGUACACAGCCUGCAAAGCUGUGGAAUAGGAGGAGGACACUUCAUGACCGUCUACGAUAGGAGUCAAGGGAAAUCGUAUGCAGUAAUGGGCCGUGAGAUGGCCCCUGGAGCGGCCAACGCCACCAUGUUUUUAUCGGGCGUGUCGUCACGAGAAGGAGGAUUAAGUGUAGGUAUUCCAGGAGAAAUCAAGGGAUUUUGGGAAGCGUGGAAAUUGGCGGGAAAUCUACCCUGGGCGGAACUCUUUCAGCCAACUAUUGAUCUCUGUAGGAACGGUUUCAUCAUAGGUUCCAGCCUUGGGUUUCACAUAACAGCCCAACAGAAAUAUUACCCGGAUCAUCCUAACCUCAAGGCGAUGGUGUCGAAUCCCCAGACAGGAGAGCUCCUGAAGGAAGGGGAGGUAAUGUACCUUCCCAAACUUGCUGCCACUCUUGAAGCCAUCGCAAGAGAGGGACCAGACGCCUUCUACAACGGGAGUCUCACAGCAGACAUAGUUAAGGACAUACAGGAAGCAGGUGGUAUUAUAACGGAAGAGGACCUCCGAAUGUACACGGCAGCAGUCAAGGAACCCCUCGAAAUCACCAUACAUGACAGAUACACAGUUCAUUCACCACCGCCGCCCUCUGGCGGAGCUGUGUAUGAAUUCAUUCUCGGUAUUCUAGAUGGUUACAACUUCGAUGAGGAUAGUCUGUCCUCUCGCGAAAAGAAAGUACUCGCAUGGCACAGAAUCGUAGAGGCAUUCAAGUUUGCGUAUGGCAAGAGGACCCAAAUCGGUGACUCCGACGUCGAGAACGCCACGUUUAAGAUGGAGCUUGAGGAGCUAAUCCGGAAUAUGACGUCUGCCGCCUACAGUGAAAGUAUCCGACAGCAAAUAACGGACGAUCGGACACAUGACACGCCGUUCUAUGGUCCGACGUUCUACGUGAACAACGAUGCCGGUACUUCUCACCUGUCCGUGUUGACCCCUAACGGAGACGCUGUGUCAAUUACCAGUACCGUCAACUUACAUUUUGGCUCGAAAGAAGUUGGCAGUAGAACGGGCAUCCUGUUCAACGACGAGAUGGACGAUUUUUCCACACCUAACACCGUAAAUUAUUUUGGAGUACCAGCUUCACCGGCUAAUUUCAUCAAACCUUACAAGCGCCCCCUGUCAUCCAUGUGUCCCAGCAUCAUCACGGACAGUAACGGUGACGUCAAACUCGUCAUCGGCGCCGCUGGGGGUACAAAAAUUACGACUUCAACAGCUCUGACAUCGAUAGAGACUCUGUGGUUUGGAAUGUCCAUGAAGGAGGCCAUAGAUCACAGACGAUUACAUCACCAGCUUCUACCUAAGGAGAUCGCCGUGGAAAUUGGCUUCGACGAGGAUGUACUAGCUGGCCUCCGUCAGAAGGGACACAACAUGACGAUGAACGCCUCUGCCGGGUGUAUAGUGCAGGGUGUAUUAAAGAACGCAGAAAAAAGUAUAUCCGGAUGCAGUGAUUACCGAAAAAAAGCAAGCCCUGAUGGAUUCUAAAUAUUCCACCAUCUGAUGUUUAAAAAUAUUCAGUGAAGAUUAAUAGAAAUUACAAUUUUCAGUGUAGAAUCGUCCAUUUUUUUGGCUUUAAAAUGUGUAAUCCCGAAUACUUUGUAAUGUCAUAUUGAUCGUCUUCGAAAUCCAACGGUUCAGUUCUCGAUACAUACAUGUAAAUCUUCUCUUCACCCUUAGAAUAUGGACUUACGAAAUCGAAGGCUUGCAAUAAUCUAUUAGGUUGGUUUCAGGUAUGGUUUCAGGUAUAAAAAUACGACCAGUCGCUAGACUAAUAAAUGUUCUUUGAAGAUUACAGAGGAGAUAAACUCAACUUCAAAUCUGUCGACUUUACCGUUCCGCUUGCAGAGCCUUCCAUUUUGUCAUGUCAUAUUCAAGAAGAUAAGAGAAGAUUUGUUUAGCGAGAACGGAACCGUAAUGUUUCGAAAAUGUAUCAGGAUUACUUAUGAAUAGCUUGGGAAAUGAAUCUCGAUUGAAACUUAAAACAUUAUAUUUCAGGAAAUUACUUCUUGUCAUUCUUAUUGUGGAUUUACGUAUGAUGACAGUUUUAACAGUCUGGCGAUUUGUGAUUGCAUUCCUAUUCAGUUGACAUAGACCUACGCAGAUACAUCAAGGGCACCGUACUUUUUGGGUAAAUUAUAUUGAUAAUAAUUACAUGCUAUCGAUAUUCAAAUAACUUUUGUUUAACCAGAAUUUUUUAUAUAACCUAUUCUAGAAUCUCGUUUUUUAUGUUGUUUUUGUUACAUAUACUUUUCUUAAUCCUGAUCCUUAUCAAUAGUUUUUCAUUCCUAAAUUAAUUGUGUAUGCCCCAAGGAUCUCACUUGUUCUAGAAUAUAUUGUUUCGUGAAACCGUCUGAUAACAAUUCUAACUCUGGGAUAUACGUGUAACUGGUUAUGAUUAGUAACAUUAUAUCUAUGAGUAUCUAUGUUGUUUACUUGUAUAAUUACAUUAGUCCAUACAUCGGACAUCAAACUUAUCAAAACAGAUUGUUUUCUCAGGGAACAUCUAUAUUAUACAGAAAAUCGUCGACCAAAUUGAACCAUUAGGAGAGUGCUGUUUUCAGGGAUUUAAAAGAUGAUGAAAACCAUGUAGCUGUCCAACUUUGAAAUGCAUAAGCUACCUCUUGUGUUACAUUUAGUAACGAUAAUUUAAAGUGUAUCAACAUCAACUUAUUUACGUUAUAGAUUUGUCGUAAAGUUGUAUCAGAAUUACUGCAUAUCACUUAUAGAGAAUUUAAUACAAGGUCUGCAAAAGGCGGGGGGGACGAAAAAUAUAUAGACCUUAUAUCACACUGAAGAGAUAACACUGUCCCUUCCGCUACUACCCUCUUUGAUUUUUAUAGUACAUAUAUCAGAACCGGAUGUACAGGUACUUAUGUAUCGGUAUGAUGGGCACAGUGAUCAAACAAUUACGUCAUCACUUUUAUCGCUCUCAAGCAACUCAGCUAUUCGAUUGUAAAAAUCGUCGUGUUUUGUUAAUAACUCAAAAUUAAAAAUCUUGACUUUUAAAACUAAUCUCCUACUCGGCCUCUAUCGUUUCCUCGGCAACACUAGACGAUAUAGACUAUCAUAACGCCCUCAGCUGAAUACAAGGAUAGGUAUUAUCAAACCUCAUCUAUAUAACGGCGUAUCUGAUUAGAUAGAAUUUGUCAUGUGACGAGAACAAAAACAUCGUGUGAUCUCACGCGCUCGAGUUUCCCCGAUCAGAUUUUCCAUCUUCAAAGCCUCACUAGAAAUAUUCGCUUGAUCCACAACACUUGUGUUCCAAGUGACUGAAGCAGACGACAACGAUGUGACGGAAGUCUGUUCAAUAUUACUGUUGUGUUAUUGUUCUAUUUCGGUAUCAUAAAAUAUGGAUUGAAAACACGAUUCUUUGUCCUCGUAUAACAUCAUUAAUCCCAGAGAAAAUAAAGAAUCGUGUUUUCAAAUCGCAAGGGCAAUAAAUAUGUAGAGUGACAUUUUGCGAAAAAUUCAUAUGGUACUGUUUCUUUCACGAACUGAAAUCCUAGUGAAACAGUCACCGUUAGUAUAUAGAGUGAUUUACAAUACCUGUGGUUUAAUGUAAGAAUGAAAACUGGUCGAGAGUGAAUAUGAAAGGAGUGUUACUGUGAGAAAUAACAAUGGUCUAUCUUCUUUCUUUUUCCCUUUCAUUUUUGAUUGAAGGGAGAUAAACAAUGAUUAACUGUGAGGAGAAAUGUCAUGGAAUUUUUGAUGAUAAUAAUAACUGAUCUCGAGUGAAUUAUAUUAAACAUUGAUCUAGAGUAAUUGAGAAUUAACGCUGACCUACAAUAUAACACAUGUACAGAUCUAGAGGUGUAUGUGAAAGCAUUAAAAAAGACUAAAACUUAUUAAACAUUCUUUUAUAAUAA